GUGUUUCCUCGGAAGGGGAUGCUCUAGAAGAUUAAAGGCAAAGACAAGCGGUGGCUCUGGCAGCCUGGAAUCCUGCCCCGAAGGGCUUGGCGCAAUGAAGGGGCUUCUAGCACCAAGUGCCCUUUUGCUCAUCUGUCUGCUGUCCUGGGCUUAUUGCAGUGCAAGUGAUCCAGAAGAAAGGACUGGAACACCAACACGAGCACCGCACCAGCGUCACACUGCCAGGGUAGAGAACGACGAUGAGAAAUACAAUAAGCAGCCUCGAGGCUCCGAGUGUAUACGCUGUUGUGAUUCUCCAGAGGACUUUCCAGCACAUCCUAUAUAUUACCAGCCCUUGCCUCAGAUCAACAUCACCAUCCUGAAAGGUGAGAAGGGGGACCGUGGAGAGAGAGGAUCCCAAGGGAAGUUGGGCAAAGCUGGUUCUCCAGGGAUCAGGGGCCAGUUGGGCCCCAAGGGUCAAAAAGGCAACUUGGGUGCUCCAGGAGAGCGGUACAAGACCACCUAUGCUGCCUUUUCGGUGGGCCGUAGGAAACCUCUGCACAGCAAUGACUAUUACCAGACACUGAUCUUUGACACCGAAUUUGUGAACCUCUACGGACACUUCAACAUGUUCAUGGGCAAGUUCUACUGCUAUGUGCCUGGGGUGUAUUUCUUCAGCCUCAACGUGCACACUUGGAACCAGAAGGAAACCUACCUGCACAUAAUGCACAACGGGGCUGAAGCUGCCAUCCUGUAUGCACAGGCCAGCGAUCGAAGCAUCAUGCAAAGUCAAAGUCUCAUGUUAGAGCUGCAGGACCAGGAUGAAGUCUGGAUACGGCUCUUCAAGGGGGAGCGUGAUAAUGCUGUUUUCAGCGACGAGUAUGAUACAUACGUUACCUUCAGCGGAUACCUAAUUAAGCCCAGCUCGGAGCCCUGAAUCGGCACAGGUGAACAAAAUACUUUCAAGAACUUCACUUUGCUCCAUCCUUCCAGUGUCUUCCUCAUUAUUGAUUUCUGAUCUUACAUCCACUGGGACCCAGCAUAAUCAGGGCUUUUUUUCUGGGAAAAGAGGUGGUGGAAUGGCAGUGGGUUGCCACUUGCCAGCACAGGGGGCAACUCCUGGCGGGAGGUGAUGCCCCUGGUACCACAUGCGCACGUGCAAAGUGCACACACGCUUCCGAGACCGCACAAUGAUGUCACUUUGGGUCAGCUGGAACGAGGGGAGGAGUUUUAAAAAUUUAAAUCACCCUCAGUGAAAAUGGUCACAUGGCUGGUUGCCCCGCCCCCUGAUCUCCAGUGGUGCGGAGGGCGAUCUAAACUCUCCUCUGUCUGGAUAUCAGGGGGCGGGGCCACCAGCCAUGUGACCAUUUUCAAGAGGUGCCGGAACUCCGUUCCACCACAUUCCAGCUGAAAAAAAGCCCUGAGCAUAAUACUGAAAUAUUUCUUGGGUCAUCUGUACCACAUGCUUCAGUGUUUUUUUUUUUAGUUAACAGCUGAGACACGCCCCCCCAUGCCACUCCCCCCCACAUGCUUUGGCCUAAUUCUUGUUCCAACCAAAGAUGCAAUCAGGCUCUGGCCUUAACUAUGUCAUCAGCACUGGCCACCUCAAGUGUGCUGUAGUAACGACACGAGACAAGAUCUGGAUGCAAAGUCUGUCCCUCCAAGAUGGAGGCGAGAGUUUUAUUAAGAAGCUGUCUAUAGCAACAAUUGUAGCAACAGUUACACAUUCCAAACCAGUUGCAGCCAACUAAGCAAAUAUGCUGUGAUCAGGCUUUUGUCUUAUCUAUGGAACAUAACAGAAAGGUACAUCAUGAGCUUCUGAGCGUAGGAGAAUAGAGUGUAUGGGAAUGUUGUUUGCUCUGAGAAGAAUGAGAGAUUUAUGGCUACACAUUUAAACUACUCCCUGAGUCUUCCCGUGUGGCAUGCCAACUGACCAGGAGAUCAGGAAGGUAGAAAUGUGAAGAGCAAUUAAUGGAGGCUGUGUGGCAUGCCUACUCCAGCCUACAUGUGCUUUCUUGGAAAUUUAUAACGGCAAUAGAGAAGGAACCACUGAGGUGGUGUGCUGAGGCUAUUACUGGCAGACAUAGGGUAAAGUAACGAAAAGAUGAAGUCAAACAUUUGGAUGCCAAAGGAAACAUUGUAGGCGACAGACCUCUGUGCUCGGCUGCUGGAAUCCAGCUUGCUGAGUACUGUCCCCAGAUGGCAUGUUAUACACUCCAUUUCUCCUCAGGAGCAGCUUUGUUGUGCCACCAUGGUAGACAACUUCACUGGUGACUCAUGUGAGCUCAUGCUAUAUGUUUCAUGAACCAAGAGCAUUUUCCUAGUAGCUUCUCUGUUGAAUGGACUUGGUCAGGGUUGCAUUCCAGCCUGACUUCACUUAGUAAGAACUGAUAGGGUUGGCAGCUUUUAAACGGGUCCCUCUAGUUGUGUCCUUAAUAUCAGUAGGAUAUGAAGCAAUGAUCAGGUGAUGUAAUGUAGCUCUGUACCUUGGAAAGCUUAAACAGCCCAUUUCCAGUCAUUCAGUCUCUAUUAAAGCAACAGGACAUUUCACCCUGUCCAUUUGGCAACUGUAUCUGCAUAAAAUAGCUAAUCAUCUAUUGCGAUGACCGAGUGUGAGCAGGACCGGCACGUCCAUGGAGGUGGUGCUGGCAACCACCUCGAGUGCUGAACUCUGAAGGAGGCACCGUGCUGGCCCUCGAUGACCCCCUCGACCCGGAAGCAGGCUGCAUCCCCACUCGCCUCUCUGCCCCUUUGCCACUGCCACCCGCCUCAGGUGAGGGGGACGCUCCUGCGCGAUGACAAGUGACGUCAUCGAGCAGGGCCAGAGCGCGCAUGUGCUUCAAGCGCAUGCACAGGGCAAGGGGCACAAGUAGGUAUCUUGCCUCAGGCACCAGAAACCCUGGCACCGGCCCUGAGUGUGCUCAUAUUAUGAUGGGCAUGUGAGUUGAAAACUCACUGUAAAUUGCAGCUUUUUAACGUCUGUAUAUAUGACAAAACAGUUGUGUUCAGUUCCAUAGGCUUUUAAAAAAUGUCAUGUGUGAAACAGCAUGAAUGUCAGAAGCAAGAACCCCAUAACCAGAUUUCUUCUUUACUCUCCCUCAGGGAUCACACCGGGAGCUUUUCUCAUGUAGUGUUUUACAGGUUAACAAGCACCGAAAAGGGCUGCUCUCUUUACUGCGAACAUACAGUACGUUCCGGAAAAUAACGAACUAAAAUCUUGCCUCACUACUUUUCAUUAUUUAAAUGUAACAAAGCAUGCCAUAGGUUAGUUUUACAAUAUAUUUCAAAGGAGAAGCUAGUAAUUAAUAACAUACAAGGCACGUGUGGAUUAACAGAGUUUUGUUUUUUUAAGCGGGAGCUGUAGCAGGAAGUGACUGUUGACAAUGUUGUUCUCUUCAAAAGCCUACAAAUGUGCACAUCACGCAACCUGGGAGGCUUUCAGGACACACACAGAGUUAUGGGUUUUGUCUCCAGAUCAUAUUUGAGUGUGUUUAAUGUUCAUAUGAUGUCCCUCUUUUAACUUCCUCCACCCAGCAAAGAAGUUUCCAUGGAGACUGAUAAAAAUAAAUAAGCUUUCCUCUGGGAACCAUUGUUUGCAGUUAAAGAGGCCACGCCAACUCAAAUCUAGGCCUCCUUUUGUAAAAACAAACUGUGCUCAAUCUGAAGAGGGUGCUUCUGAAACAUGGAAAACAAUCUCAGGGUAAAUAGAACUGGUCUCACAGUCGGAGACCCAAAUACAGCUGCACACCUGAAUAUUCAAAGUUCCAGGGCUAAUCCUGGGCCCAUUAGGGAACAGGCGGUUCCGUUGGUCUUUCCGAAUCAAAUUUAUGGGAAUAUGCCAUUCAAUAUUCAGAGGCUCCCUUGAUAUAUGACUGUGGUUAACUUUAUAUUGUCCUGGGUGUGCACAAUUUACUUGGGAACUUGUUCUUCUGGUGGAAAGCAAGCUAGCUUGAAAAUGCAGAUAAGAGUUAAGAAAAUGUAUAUUGAAAUUAUAUAUAUGCCAGUCAGCAACUUGGAGGAAAAAAAUAGCCCUUUCCCUUUAAUAACAGAUUAAUGUGUGGAAAUGGACCGCUGAAUCUUUUCAUGGCAUGGAGGAAAAUAACAUCACAUGGUAAGUAACAUCCCUUUAAAGCCUCUAUUAAAGGGAUGGGGCAUUUUUUUCCCUCCAGAGAGUUAGUAACCCUAAUGGCAGCUGCACUGGUGUAUGGUAUAAUUAUUGUGAAAACUCUUCUGUAAUAUAAUGAUAUACAAUGAAGUGCUAUACAUUUCUGAGGGACUGUGUGAAUCUGACUAUCAUCGUAGGAAGGCAUUUUGUUGAGGUAAACUUCACCAGGAUCCCAAUCCAGUCUGCAAACCAAUUGCCAUGGUCUACUUGUGAUAUUUUAGAAAUGAAAUGAUAUUUCUUUCACGACUCGUGAAAUUGUAUGUAAGGAAUGAGACUGUGUACGUGUAGGGGCUUGUGUUAUAAUUUCGUUCCUGGCCCAAAGAAAUGUUUGGACCCUGGUUAUUUGAUAAGCGUUUUUCAAAAGAGGCGCUAAAAUAUUUAAUGUAAGUGACAAACGACCAAAGAAGAAGUUCUGAACAUUAAACAGCAUUCAUCUUCAUCAAAUGCAAAAGGGUGAGCAGGCAACAAUACUGGGAAAGCUGCCAGACUGUUUAAAAAUAGGGGAAACUUGUUAAUAUCAUGAAAUAACGGUGUAAGAUACAAUGUAAUAGCUUAGUGCCAAGCGUUCGCAGCUAGCAGAGUUCUAUAAAAGAGUAUUGCAGUAUCUUUUGUGGGUCCCUAGAUUGGCCAUUGAGACUCCCGAUUUCUAAGAGAGAUCCAAGACAAGAGCAAAUGCUGCCUUUUUGUUCUUCCACGGACCAACUUUCAAAUUGCCAAGCAGGUAACUAACUGAGUAGGAUCUGGUAUAAAGACAAUUUGCAUUCCAAACAAUGUCCCAAGAUGCCACAGUGGGGCAGGUAUAUGUGGCACAAAAUUGCUGUUCCUGGAACCACUUCUAUAGCUUGAUGUUGGGCAAUGUGGUGGUGGGGGUGGGGGUGCACAUGCAAAGCCUUUAGACCUCAUAGACAUGGGCACAGAGAGGGCAUAUUGGGAAAAAACAGGGCCCUAAACUGGUAUUCAUUCUGCCAAGCAUCAUCCAAAAGCCCUUCGGCAUAACCCCAAGUGCUGACAAGUUGUAAGAAGAGUUCAGUUGACUUGGCAACACCACAGGAUAGGUACUACCCAAUCAUAUAUUCACACGCUGAGAUAUGCACUCUGUCCAUCAUUUCCAUUUGUAUCUACUGAGGUGCAGGACAGAAAAGCUUAGGACUUAUAUGGGUUAGAAAGGCAAUUUUAUUUCUAUGUGUAAAAGCCAGGUAAUCCCUUUUGCCUUUUUGUACUAUCAGCUCUGCUCUAUAAAAUGGGUUUAUUUUCA